AGUUCAAGGAAGCGACACAAUGUCGAGCAAUGGAACAGCAGAGUCCCAGGAGCCGCUGCUUCUCUCCUUCCCCGACGAUGCCGAACCAGAGGACCUCGAGCUCCUCCUGUCGCGCAAGCGGCUCCGGUGCCGCCAGCUCGGUGCAGCGGCGGCGGCGGAGUCCAAAAGCCUGUGGUUGCUCUCUGCUCCGGCCAUCGUUAUCAUGGUCUUCAAUUACAUGCUCAGCUUCGUGUCUCAGAUGUUCGCCGGCCACCUGGGCGAGGUUGAGUUGGCUGGCGCGUCCAUCGCCAGCGUCGGCAUCCAGGGGCUCGCUUACGGCAUCAUGUUGGGGAUGGCGAGUGCGGUUCAGACGCUUUGCGGACAAGCUUAUGGACAGGGGAAGCAGAGUAUGAUGGGGGUGAUAUGCCAGAAGUCGAUGAUCAUCAUGGGGCUGACCGCCCUGGCUCUCUCCUUCGUCUACUUCUUCUCCUACCACAUCCUCAAGCUCAUAGGCCAGUCCACCGACGUUUCCAUUUAUGGGCAGGUCUUCACCAGGGGCCUCAUACCCCAGCUCUUCGCCUUCGCCCUCUACUGCCCCAUGCAGAGGUUUCUUCAGGCGCAGAACAUCGUCAAUCCCGUCGCCUACAUGUCCGUCGCCACCUUCCUCCUCCACCUCCUCCUCACCUGGCUCGCUGUCGACAAGCUCGGCUUCGGCCUCUUCGGCGCCGCCGUCACCCUCAGCCUCUCCUGGUGGGUGCUGGUGCUGCUCACCGGCGCCUACGUCCUGCUGAGCCCCAGGUGCGCCCACUCAUGGACUGGGUUCACUUUCCAGGCCUUCAAUGGACUAUGGUCCUACUUCAAGUUGACGGUCGCCUCCGCUUUCAUGCUGUGCUUGGAGAUAUGGUAUAAUCAGGGGUUGGUUAUUGUUUCUGGUCUGCUUCCCAACCCAGAUGUUGCACUGGACUCUAUCUCUGUAUGCAUGAAUUACCUCAACUGGGACAUGCAGCUCAUGCUUGGGAUCAGCGCCGCAGCCAGUGUAAGGGUGGGCAAUGAGCUGGGAGCUUGCCAUCCGAAAACAGCGAGGUUCUCGGUGGUCGUGGUGACGGCAACAUCGGUGGUGGUCAGCGUGACUCUCGCCGCCUUGGUUUUGAUCCUGAAGAGGCAGCUCAGCCUGGCCUUCACAAGCACUGAAGAAGUUAUAGCUGCAGUGACUUCAUUGACGCCAUUGCUGUCCCUCUCCGUUCUGUUGAAUGGAGUGCAGCCCAUUCUAUCAGGAGUAGCAAUAGGAUGCGGGUGGCAGGCCCUGGUUGCCUACGUCAAUCUUACCACAUACUACAUCAUUGGCCUUCCCAUUGGCUUAGUCUUGGGCUUCAAAGAAGGGUUGGGCGUUUCUGGAAUAUGGUGGGGAAUGAUCAUUGGAGUUGCGUUGCAAACCCUGACUUUGAUUAUACUCACACUCAGAACAAACUGGGACACAGAGGUGGAGAAGGCAGUUGAGCGUGUGAAGCGUUCGGCUCAAGAGAGUUUGAUAGAAGAUGCGGUCAUCUGAUGGAGACAUGCACAGAACCAGCUGAUUCCACCACAACAUAUUUUUCCGGUCCCCUUUUGGGGGAUUCAAGUCGGCUGGAAACAUUUUGACAAUAGCUCCAAGGAGGAUGGCAUGGAUUCCUUCUUUGAGAAAUUAGAACUUGGUCUUGCCUUUUGAUUAUAAUGAAAUAUCUU